AAAAAUUCACACAAAGAUUCAACCCUCAUAUGUGUGUCUCUCUUUUUCCCCACCCUCUAGUGAUAUGCAGCUUCCGAGGAACUGUACCGCAAGGCUUGGUCCUGGAACUAGGUGAAACUGUCCAGAUCCUAGAGAAAUGUGAAGGCUGGUACAGAGGUGUUUCCAUUAAGAAGCCGAAUGUAAAGGGGAUUUUUCCUGCAAACUAUAUUCACUUGAAAAAGGCAAUUGUCAGUAACAGAGGGCAAUAUGAAACAGUUGUGCCACUUGAAGAUUCUGUUGUGACUGAAGUCACAGCGACACUGCAGGAAUGGGCCGUGCUAUGGAAACAGCUGUAUGUGAAACAUAAGGUAGAUCUUUUCUACAAACUGCGGCAUGUGAUGAAUGAGCUCAUUGACCUACGUAGACAGCUGCUGUCAGGUCACUUGACACAGGAUCAGGUGCGAGAGGUCAAGAGACACCUCACAGUGAGGCUGGACUGGGGCAAUGAACAUUUGGGCCUAGAUUUAGUUCCUCGGAAGGACUUUGAGGUUGUGGAUUCGGAUCAGAUCAGUGUUUCAGAUCUUUAUAAAAUGCAUUUGUCAAGUAGACACAGUGUCCAGCAGAGCACAUCACAGGUGGAUACGAUUCGUCAGCGUCAUGGAGAAGCUUGUCGUAUGCCAGUGCCUCAUCACUUCUUCCUCAGUCUAAAGAGCUUCACCUACAAUACAAUUGGAGAAGACACAGAUGUCUUUUUUUCUCUGUACGAUGUUCGAGAGGGCAAGCAGAUCAGUGAGAGGUUUAUGGUGAGGUUAAACAAGAACGGAGGCCCCAGAAACCCGGAGAAGAUAGAUCGAAUGUGUGCACUUUUCACAGAUCUCAGCAGUAAGGACAUGAAGAGAGAUUUGUACAUAGUUGCCCAUGUAAUCCGAAUAGGUCGCAUGUUGCUGAAUGAUUCAAAAAAAGGGCCCCCUCAUUUACACUAUCGCCGCCCCUAUGGCUGUGCAGUGCUGAGCAUCAUGGAUGUACUUCAGUCAAUCUCUGAAAUAAAAGAAGAAAAGGAUUUUGUUCUCAAAGUUUACACGUGUAACAACGAAAACGAAUGGUGCCAGAUCCAUGAAAACAUUAUUCGCAAGUCCAGCACCAAAUACACAGCACCCAGCUCAAACUAUGGACUUAUAAUAUCUCUUCAGCUUCUUCGUGGUGACAUGGAGCAGAUUCGAAGGGAAAACCCCAUGAUUUUUAACAGAGGUGUUUCUGUUACCAGGAAGCUUGGAUUUCCUGAUGUUAUCAUGCCAGGUGAUAUACGCAAUGACUUAUACCUGACGUUAGAGAAGGGAGACUUUGAAAGAGGUGGGAAAAGCGUGCAGAAGAACAUUGAAGUGACCAUGUAUGUGCUCUAUGCUGAUGGGGAAAUCUUGAAGGACUGCAUCAGCCUGGGCUCAGGAGAGCCGAGCAGGAGUGCAUACCACUCUUUUGUGCUUUACCACAAUAACAGCCCUCGAUGGGGGGAGAUCAUUAAGUUGCCCAUCCCUAUAGACAGAUUCCGUGGGUCUCACCUCCGGUUUGAGUUCAGGCAUUGCUCCACAAAAGACAAGGGAGAAAAGAAGCUCUUUGGUUUUGCAUUCACUCCGUUGAUGAGAGAUGAUGGCACUACCUUGUCUGAUGAUAUCCAUGAGCUUUAUGUUUAUAAGUGUGAUGAGAACAGCACAUUUAACAAUCAUGCACUGUACCUGGGGCUGCCUUGCUGCAAAGAGGACUACAAUGGCUGCCCCAACAUCCCCUCGAGCCUCAUUUUCCAGCGCAGCACCAAAGAGACCUUUUCAGUCUCCACACAGCUUUCUUCUACCAAACUGACCCAGAAUGUGGAUUUGCUUGCCCUACUGAAAUGGAAAGCUUACCCAGAUCGUGUGAUGGAUAUUUUGGGAAGACUGAGACAUGUCAGUGGCGAGGAAAUUGUUAAGUUCCUACAAGAUAUUCUCGACACAUUGUUUGUAGUUUUGGAUGACAACACAGAAAAGUAUGGUCUGUUGGUCUUUCAGUCUUUGGUAUUCAUCAUAAAUCUGCUGCGUGACAGCAAGUAUUUUCAUUUUCGACCUGUGAUGGACACUUAUAUUCAGAAGCACUUUGCAGGAGCACUUGCUUACAAAGAACUGAUCCGGUGUUUGAAGUGGUACAUGGACCGCUCAGCUGAGCUUGUGCGCCAGGACCACAUCCAGGAAGCAAUGCGAGCCUUGGAAUAUCUUUUCAAGUUCAUUGUCCAAUCUCGGAUCCUUUACUCCAGAGCUACUUGUGGAAUGGAAGAAGAACAGUUCCGCUCCAGCAUCCAGGAGCUUUUCCAGUCCAUCAGAUUUGUGCUGAGCUUGGACAGCAGGAGCUCUGAGACCCUCAUCUUCACACAGGCUGCUCUGCUGAACUCCUUCCCCGCUAUCUUUGAUGAGCUGUUGCAGAUGUUCACUGUGCAGGAAGUGGCCGAGUUCGUGCGGGGGACUCUGGGCAGCAUGCCCAGCACAGUGCACAUUGGGCAGUCCAUGGAUGUGGUUAAGCUACAGUCUAUUGCACGCACUGUUGACAGCCGCCUGUUCUCUUUCCCAGAGUCCCGGCGCAUCCUGCUACCUGUAGUUCUUCACCACAUUCACCUUCACCUACGACAGCAGAAGGAGUUACUUAUCUGCUCUGGGAUCCUCAGCAGUAUCUUCUCCAUAAUCAAGACCAGCUCUUUGGAGGGAGAUGUCGUGGAGGAGGUUGAGAUGAUGGUGGAGAGCCUCCUGGAUGUGCUUUUACAAACUCUGCUUACAAUCAUGAGUAAAUCGCAGUCUCAGGAGGCGGUAAGAGGGCAGCGUUGCCCGCAGUGCACAGCAGAAAUCACUGGAGAGUACGUCUCCUGCCUUUUAUCUUUGCUUCGUCAGAUGUCAGACACUCAUUUCCAGCACUUACUGGACAACUUCCAAAGCAAGGAUGAACUAAAGGAGUUCCUCCUGAAGAUUUUCUGUGUGUUCCGGAACCUGAUGAAGAUGAGUGUCUUUCCUCGAGACUGGAUGGUGAUGAGGUUGCUCACCAGCAAUAUCAUAGUUACAACAGUUCAGUACCUGUCUUCUGCACUGCAUAAGAAUUUCACUGAAACGGACUUUGAUUUUAAAGUGUGGAACUCUUACUUCAGCCUGGCAGUGCUCUUUAUAAACCAGCCAAGUCUCCAACUAGAAAGUGCCACACCAGCUAAGCGGAAGAAGAUCCUGGAUAAAUACGGCGAUAUGAGAGUGAUGAUGGCAUACGAGCUCUUCAGCAUGUGGCAGAACCUGGGUGAACAUAAGAUUCACUUUAUUCCGGGAAUGAUUGGCCCCUUUCUUGGUGUUACGCUUGUUCCACAACCAGAAGUCCGGAAUAUCAUGAUCCCCAUCUUCCAUGACAUGAUGGACUGGGAGCAGAGAAAGAAUGGCAACUUCAAACAGGUGGAAGCCGAGCUGAUUGAUAAGCUGGACAGCCUGGUGUCCGAAGGAAAAGGUGAUGAGAACUACAGGGAACUCUUCAGCCUGCUAACCCAGCUCUUUGGGCCUUAUCCCAGUUUGCUGGAGAAGAUUGAGCAAGAAACAUGGCGGGAGACUGGAAUCUCUUUUGUUACAUCAGUUACUCGUCUCAUGGAGCGUCUGCUUGACUACAGGGACUGCAUGAAAGGAGAUGAAACAGAAAACAAGAAAAUUGGCUGCACUGUUAACCUUAUGAAUUUCUAUAAAUCUGAAAUUAACAAGGAAGAGAUGUACAUCCGCUACAUCCACAAGCUGUGUGACAUGCACUUACAGGCUGAGAACUACACAGAGGCUGCAUUUACUUUGCUUUUGUACUGUGAGUUGCUUCAGUGGGAGGACAGACCUCUGAGAGAGUUCCUGCAUUACCCAUCUCAGUCAGAGUGGCAACGUAAGGAAGGUCUGUGCCGUAAGAUUAUCCAUUACUUCAACAAAGGGAAGAGCUGGGAGUUUGGAAUCCCGCUGUGCAGAGAACUGGCCGUCCAGUACGAAAGCCUCUAUGAUUAUCAGAGCCUCAGCUGGAUUCGAAAAAUGGAAGCCACCUAUUACGAUAAUAUCAUGGAGCAGCAGCGCUUAGAACCUGAGUUUUUCAGAGUUGGCUUUUAUGGUCGGAAAUUCCCAUUUUUCCUGCGGAACAAGGAGUACGUUUGUCGGGGCCAUGACUAUGAGAGGCUGGAAGCCUUCCAGCAGAGGAUGCUAAGCGAGUUCCCACAAGCCAUUGCAAUGCAGCACCCAAACCACCCGGAUGACUCGAUACUGCAAUGUGAUGCCCAGUAUCUACAGAUCUAUGCAGUGACUCCCAUCCCAGACAAUAUAGAUGUGUUGCAAAUGGACCGUGUCCCUGAUCGCAUAAAGAGCUUUUACCGAGUCAACAACAUCCGGAAAUUCCGCUAUGACAGGCCCUUCCACAAAGGCCCAAAGGACAAGGAGAAUGAAUUUAAGAGCUUGUGGAUUGAACGAACCACUCUGACCUUAACUCACAGCUUGCCUGGGAUUUCUCGUUGGUUUGAAGUGGAGAGAAGAGAGCUGGUUGAAGUAAGUCCUUUGGAAAACGCCAUUCAAGUGGUUGAGAACAAAAACCAGGAGCUGAGAACACUGAUAAGCCAGUACCAGCAUAAACAAAUGCAUGGUAACAUUAAUCUUCUCAGUAUGUGUCUGAAUGGAGUGAUUGAUGCAGCAGUUAAUGGGGGAAUUGCACGGUACCAGGAGGCUUUUUUUGAUAAAGAUUAUAUCACAAAGCACCCAGGAGAUGCAGAGAAGAUCACACAACUCAAGGAACUCAUGCAGGAACAGGUACAUGUCUUAGGAGUGGGUCUGGCAGUCCAUGAGAAAUUUGUACACCCAGAAAUGCGGCCCUUGCAUAAGAAACUCAUAGACCAGUUCCAGAUGAUGCGAUCCAGUCUGUACCAUGAGUUACCAGGUUUGGAUAAGCUGAGUCCGGCCUGUUCUGGCACCAGUACACCACGCAGCAAUGUUCUGGUUUCACAUGGACCUAUGAGCCCAGAGAGCAUAAAGCUGGUGCAUCGACACAGCCCACUGAACUUGCUUGGUUCAGUCCGACACUCAUCAUCCUCUCUGUCAUCCCACACCUCCAGUGAGACAGGAAACCUGGUUAUCCUAACAGACAGCUCUGUGGGGGAGACUGCUGAAGACAUGUACCACAUGCAGGCUAGCCCUUCCACCUCAAGCCUGAGCUCCACUCACUCGGCACCGUCCCAGAUGAUUAACUCUGCCCCUUCCAGUGCUCGAGUGCUGGUGAAAGGUGCUGGACUGACACCACUGGAGGCUGAAGCCCUCUAUUUACCCACAGAGCAGAUACAGCAUGGGCGGCAGCCGUGCAAGUUUCCCCACGCUGCCCCCACCAAUGUGCCUCAUCUCUGUCCUGGAGGGACCACCUCUAGAGGCUCUCCCUCUCUACCAGAUAAGUACCGCCACUCUCGGGAGAUGAUGAUGUUGCUGCCAGCCCAUCGGGACCGACCCAGCAGCGCCAUGUAUCCCGCAGCUAUUAUGGAAAACGGACAGCCUCCAAACUUCCAGCGCGCCUUGAUCCAACAGAUGAUUGGACCAUGCAAACCCUGCAGUGAUCCCAACCUGUCUGUGGCUGAGAAAGCUGUGCCAGCAGCGCCCAGUAGCUGGAGCCUAGACAGCGGAACCAGAGAGACCCUGCCAUUCCUGUCUGCCCACGCUGGGAGCAUCUUGGCCCUACCAGUGCCUCCCCGAAGCCUGCCCCAUGGACACUACUCACUGCACUUUGAUGCCUUCCACCACCAGCUCAGUGAUGCUCCUCCGGCACUGCCUGCACGAACGUUGCGCAAGUCCCCUCUUCAUCCUAUCCCUGCAUCACCCACCAGUCCGCAGUCUGGUCUAGAUGGAAGUAACUCCACUUUAUCCGGUAGUGCCAGCAGUGGUGUUUCUUCCUUGAGUGAAAGCAAUUUUGGACAUUCUUCUGAACCACCUCCUCGCACAGACACCAUGGAUUCUGUCCCCAGCCAGGCCUGGAACACUGAUGAAGAUCUAGAGACACCCUACCUCCCUGUCAGGUACAGUCUCUCUGAGCCUGAUGUCCUAGAGUCGCUCAAGUCCCAGCCAUGCCGAAGCCACUCUGCUCCAACUGGAGUCAUUCCUCAGGACACCAUGGACCCUCCUGCUCUACCCCCCAAACCUUACCACUCCCGGCUGCCAAACAUGGAGAACGAGGAGGGGAUGAUCAUUGAAGAUGAUGACAAACACCGCCCACUGCAUCGUAAAGUGUCCCAACCAGUGAGCGGUGGAAAGGAAGAGCAGGCCAGGGUAGCAUGGGAGCAUGGCAUCAGCGAGCAGUAGGGACAACUCCUGGUGAGCAGCCUGCAUCGUCAUUCCAGGUCUGACUACAAAGCAGAGAGAGGAGGACUCGGAGAACAGCAAACCGAUUUUCUACUGCCGCAAGUUUAUGUCUGGAGCCCCAGAGGAAUCGGGCCAGCAUGGGAGGUUGCUGCUUUCCUUUUUAAUUUCUUUUUACACCUUUCCGUUAUGUUUUUUAACUUUCUGUGCAGUGGACAGUUUACUCCUUCUGCAGUUUCUUAACCACAUCGUAUGGCAGACGAGCCAUAGAGACUGGUAGAAGCUGAAAAAUAUACUUUUAAGCAGAGGGGGGGAAAAAAGGGGGAAUGUGGCAAGUUGAUUUUGAAACUGCUUUCCUCCUGGUUCUGAGACGCACACAAGUAGAAGCAGUUGCACUAGGGACCUAUUUCUUUGCUGUACAGAAGUGAAAGCUCAUUGCUGAAAUCAGGGAUUCUAUGAACUGUCAGGCUGGAAGGUGCAUGAGCUGCAGGCUGUGAAAAGAUAGAAAUUCUAAGAAGAAAUUGGCUCUUUUGAGAGCAGGAUUGUACAUAUCUGUGCAGUGAUCUCCCUGCAUUGGUUCAUAGGUGCUGAGGCAAUCUAACCAGUGCUGAUGCACUGAUUUCCAAGAUAUCAUUUCCAGCAAACUCUGCCUCCUUUGUUUUUUAUGUACUGUUUGAUUUCUUAAAUUUGGCUUUCACUGGCUAAACCAACCUGCUUUCUCAUUGGAACCAUAUGCUAUUCAUCUGUGCUACAGAAUGAGAGGGGGUUAGUAGCCAUUGGAGCUGCAACCUAAUUGUAGGCCUUUCCCGUGCCCAGCUUUGGGCAGGCUGUUGACACCAGCAUUUCUAUUCCAGUUAAAAAAAAAAUAAUAAAAAAUAAAAAAAAAAAUAAAGAAAAACAUAACCAAAUUGAGUUUCUUAUGCCACAAGCUGGUUGAUUGACCCAGCCAGGAAAGUUAAGGUGGCUUACAUGCAUCAUAUCCAAGAAUCCUUGCCUCAGGGCUGAACAUCACAGUUCUCACCUAAUUCCAUCCCCCAGGAGCUGAGAUUCAUUCCCUGUUAUCAUAAUGUCCUCAGUCCCCCAAAAACCUCACUGCAGCUGGUGUGCAGAAAGAGUCUUCAUCCCUCAGAGUAGACGGAGAACACCAACAUUCAAGAACUGCCCAGUAUAUAGUGUACACCCUAGAGUCAGGGAUCUUAAAGGCAACCUGUAAAGAAGAAAUGUUGCUUUCCUCUUUUGCUUCUUUAGAAUGUAUAGAGAAGCUUUAAGAGCUUCUUCUUCUCUAUUCUGGAAGGUUGAUUUCUUUUGUCCUCAGGCAGCAAUACAGCCUUCCUCCCAACCCCUCCAUCACCACCUUUGUUUUUAUUGACAGAUUCCGGAACAAAUCCAAGAAACAGAGUUAUGCAGCGGUGAAGACAGUACAAGCCUAUGAACACCAAACAAGCCUUUUAAUCAGUAUUUGCUUAGUUCAAGUACAUGACAAACCAGGAAAAAAUUCUGUGGGUAACAGAACCAACAUCUGUUCUUUCAAAAGAACACUGAGAAAUCUUUUCAUUCCUGUUUUCCUAAUUUUUUUUUCCAAGAAAUUUUGAGAGUAUCAAAUACUUACUGUAUUUAGAUAAGCAACGUUCCUUCCCCUGACCAUGCCCAUCUCAGCCUUCCUUAGAACCCCCUUCACCACCAACUCCAAAGCAUGCUCCAGAGGGUGGAAACCUACCACCCUCUUUCUUACCCCUGAGAAAUCUGAAGCAAAUUCAGGUCAGAGACUUACCUCCACUAUAAAAAUUAGUGUCAGAAACAGGAAUAGCACUCAAUUUUUAUACUGAAUUCUUGCCCUAACCACUGAGUUUCUCACGCCACAAACAGCAUAAAGAAGCAAAAAAGGAUUAUUAUAAAUCUUUUACAGGUCACCUUUAGCACUACCUCUAAAUACAGGACUGGGCAGAGUACAUUGCUUCUGAACUCUCCUAAAGAUGGUCUGUUUGUACAAAGCCUGGACUCAGCGGUUGUAUGAAGGGGAUUUUAAGAGGAUUUGUUUAUUUUCUUUCUCAAGCUCUAGCCCAUGCAAAACUACUAAGUUAUGAAUUUGUUUCUUAAAUGGCCUGUUUGGCUGGAACAAAGUCUCUCUUGCUUCCUCUAUUUUGUUACUAACACAGGCUGCUUGUAAUCAUUAUAUCCUUCACAAUUAAGACAACAAUAAUAAAACCUGGCCUAUAGUGGGUGUUUCAUCUCCAGCAGGAAGUUUUCCAAUGCUAGGACGGUCCUAACCAUUAGAGAACCAAGCUGGAUCUCUGGUAUAGAACACGUGUGAAAACUCAACUCAAAAUCAUGGUUUUGGUGAAGGUAAGUCAAGAUAAUUCCUCAGAAGUGAGUGAAAUAUGUUCACAUAUGCUAUUCUCCAGUCUGACUGAGACUUCAAGUGAAGGCUUCAAGAGAAUUAAGUAUUCAGUUCCAUCUCCCCUGCCCCUAAUGGGGUUUUUUUUUGAGUUUAUUUGGUUGGUUUUUGUUAUUGUUUGGCAGGAAGAUUAACAGUAGUAAAUGUAGUGACUUACUGAGCUUCCUUAUUGCAAAAAAAACCAGCAGGUCUUGCAAAUAAAACCAAGAAUGCAACUAACAUGGGACUAAGUCCCAGUCAGCUGGAAAACCUGCCCACUAGAGCUCUAAUCAGUCUCCCAAAACAUACCAUCCUGCUCUGAUGAAAGACAUAGUACUACAGCAGUGAGUCCAUUUUGGGAGUCUGACAUUACUAUGUAUUUGUAAGGGUUUGAAGAUCAAUCAGAUCAUGUAUAUAAAUGCCUUGUUAAUGGCAGUGCCACACAGAGAAGGACAGAAUAAAUCACUGAAUUUACCAAAUUUAAGCUUCUGUGGAGUUAAAUUUGUGUUACUGUUCUGGUAUCUACCAAGUGUUCUGUCUCCCUUUUCAGUGCUUGCCUUAAAGGGGACAGAAGACAGAAAGAAUUAAGAUUUUGGGAAUGUCAGAACUAAUACUUCUUGGAACUAAUACUUCUCUGUAGGGUGAGGUGUCUUACAGCAUAGUACAACUCCAACACCAAGCUCAGUUCUGGAGUAGGAGGAAGCAACAGCAGUUGUUGCACUUGCCCGGCAGGACUGAAGAUUCCUUGUAUAAACCACAGCAACAGGAUGUUUUGAACAGGACCUUGUCAUUCUAUAUUUAACUGUAAUUCAAACUUAGUAUGUACUUGCCUUCAUUGGGUUUUCUUUGCGUAACAAAAUAGCAUGUGUACUCCUGAGAAAAUUGGUGGAAUUCUGCUACAAAUCUCUCACUGGCCCCAUCUGAAAAAAAAAUGAGAAGGAACUACAGUAGUAGAAGAAAAGCAGUUAAAACAAUUUCUCUGAAUCCUACAGUUUUUCUCCAGUGGUUGGGUCGGGUUUAUUACUAUGUGCAAGACCAAGAUUCUUUUCCUCCUUUUGGUUUUUAGCUUACUUACCCUUUCUUAGGUAAGGGAUAUUGCAUAUCCCUUGUGUGGGAGAAUCAGCCAAAACUGGGGAGGCUGGAGAGAGCAAGAGCCUUUGGGAAACAAAUUAUGUGAUAUUUAAAAUUUCCUCUGAUCAUGCUUCUUUGUAAAUACCCCCAUUUGAAUGCUGUGUAUUUGUACAGGAAAUUGAGCAAAAAAUGUAUAGAUUGUGAUGUCUGACUGGUAUUCUGCCCUGUAAAUGUGUUUUUAACCUCUGGCAUUCUGUGCUUAUUUAAAAAAGGCAAAAACCUCUAACCACUUCUCUUUUGUGUAUUCAUGUUUAAAAUAAAAUGAAAACAGCUAUCUUAUCUAUAAUGGAAAUCCAAUUUAAAAGGAAACAAAAUAAUUUGUACAAGUGUCCUAAAGGUACUUCAUUGUAUAUAUUGUGAUAGCAUGUUUCCAGAACCAACAAAUAAGUGGUGUGAAUUUUAGAUGUAAAUAUCUACCAUUUGUUUUGGGUUUCUUUCCCUUACCCAUUCACUCGACUGCUGUGAUGUGGAAUUAAAGAUUAAUACCUGACAUUAAAACA